CACACAGUCUCCCCAUCAUGUCCAUCUACCUCGCCGCGCGCUUCAAGGCCAAGGACGAAGCUGCCUCGGCCAAAAUUGAGCAGCACCUCAAGACCGUGCGCGAGCACGCGCUUAGUGACAAGGAGCCCGGUUGCAAGUUCUACAACCCGACGCGUGGCAAGACCGACCCUCUGGACUGGCAUGUCUAUGAGGAGUAUGCUGACCAGGCGGCCGUUGAUGCGCACAUGGCCAGCCCCGCGUUCCAGGCAUUCGCCGCCGAGGCCCCAAACCUCAUUCCUGGCGGUGUGGGUGGAAUUGACAUCUCCUUCUUCCAGAAGAUCUAG